UCCAUGGCAGCCGCCGGGCCGGGCCGGGUCAUGGCGGCGGCGUUGUGCCUGGGCCGGGCCUCGCCGCCGCGGCCGCUCGUGGUGAUCCUGGGCGCUACCGGCACCGGGAAGUCGGCGCUGGCCGUGCAGCUGGGGCUGCGCCUGGGCGGGGAGAUCGUCAGCGCCGACUCCAUGCAGGUGUACAAGGGCUUGGACAUCAUCACAAACAAGGUUUCUCCCCAGGAGCAGCGCCUGUGCAGACACCACAUGAUCAGCUUUGUGGAUCCUCUUGUCUCCAACUACACGGUGGUGGAUUUCAGAGACAAAGCUGUGGCUCUGAUUGAAGAUAUUUUUGCUCGAGACAAGAUCCCGAUUGUUGUGGGAGGAACCAACUACUACAUCGAGUCUUUGCUCUGGAAGGUCCUUGUCAACACCAAGGAAAAGUCCAGCCUGGUGUCUGGGACAGUCACUGACAGAAAAGUGGAGCUGGAGCAGCUGGAUGCUGUUGAUCUCCAUUGCCGCCUGAGACAGGUAGACCCAGAGAUGGCAGCCAAGCUGCACCCCAACGACAAGCGCAAAGUGGCCAGGAGCCUCCAAGUGUUUGAAGAGACGGGGAUCCCCCACAGUGAAAUCUUGCAGCAGCAGCAGGAGGAGGAAGGUGGGGGACCUUUAGGGGGGCCCCUAAAAUACCCACACUCUUGUAUCUUGUGGCUUCAUGCAGACCAGGCAGCUCUGGACCGACGGCUGGAGCAGCGGGUGGAUGAUAUGCUGGCUGCAGGGCUGCUGGAAGAGCUGCGGGACUUCCACCAACGCUACAAUCAAGAAAAAGUGACCGAAAACCGGCAGGAUUAUCAGCACGGCAUCUUCCAGUCCAUUGGUUUCAAGGAGUUUCAUGAGUACCUUGUCAGUGAGGGGAAUUGCUCACCCGAGACCAGUGCCCUGCUACUGCAAAAAGGGAUCCAGGCCCUGAAACAGGUGAGCAAGAGAUAUGCUCGGAGGCAGAACAAAUGGGUCCGAAACCGCUUCCUGAAACCUGUCUAUCCAGACACUCAGAGAGAUAGCUCCUUCUCACUGCUUCUCCUGUACACACUGGUUGCCCGUCAAGGAAAGAUCUUCCUCUCCCAGGAACAAUGCAACCAAGUGCUUGGCUCCGUGCCCAGCCAGCCAUGGAUGAAAGCGGGCUGCAGUGUCCCUGCAGCCCCAAGGAUCUUGAGGAGAUGCCCAGAAGGCACUUGCACAUGUCUCCUGUAUGGGGCAAAAAGCCCAGCUGACAGAUGCCCCCUGGAUUAGGAACCAGAGCCCAUUGGCUGUACCAGGCCCUGCUUGCUGUGGCGGGGAGCCAGCAGGACUUCCCCAUCUCAGCCCAGCCUUGGAGCAGGGCCAGCAGCAGCAGCUGGGAGCCGGGCACUUGUUGAAAGGUGCUUGGUAGGGGCAAAACAGCAACAACAACAACAACAGAAAAAAAAGGCAGAAGGAAACUCGAGUCAAAAGAUAGGCUUUGAACAGAGUGCAAGAGCUUUCAUGGAGCCAUGUGUUUGGUGGAUGUGGCUCACCUUUCUGGUGGCAGGUGUGCUUCAGAUCAGCCCUAUCAAGAACUUGUUUGUGGUUUUAGCAAUAAAAAGCAGCACCUGCUGGAGCCUGGCACGCGGCAGCCUUUGGUGGCUUUGUCCGAGCAGGGCUGUGUGCCCGAUGGCUGCUGGCAGUUGGCUCCCUCCACCAAAGGGAGCGAGUGUUCUCUGGUUGUGGUUGUCCUGCCUGACUGGGCUGCAGCCAGUGCCCCUCACCCUCAUACUGAGUCUGCGGGGUGGAUUUGUAACUGUCUUGUCAGGUGGAGGCACUGACAAACCAGCUCCUGUCACAGCCCACUUUUGUGAGCUGAGAACUGCUGCAGCCACUCAAGCAAUGACAGCUCUGAGCAGCACAGCUGAACAAGAGCCUGCACCAGAAGAUUCAUCACCCAGGCUCUGUGUGUGCAUCUCCUUGUAAGCACAGCUUUGUAUGAUGGCUUUAUGGAUCCAUCUAACUCUUCAUUCUCUGUGGCCUCCUGUGGACCAUGGUAGCAAUGAAGUAUUUGCUUACUAUGCUCUGACUUUGUAAUGUUGUCCUAAAGGCGGGCAAUCAUGAAGUUGCUUGCCCUGAGUCUGAGGUGUUACUGCUGUUUGCCUGCAAGCUGAGGUCUCAGGUAAUUUUGGCUCCAGAAAGGCUGGUGCUAUUUGCUCCUGAGUGCUGAAGGACAGGUUGAUGAAAGAGCAGAUUCUCUUGAGGUAUUGUGCAAACCCACAGAGCCUGCAUGCUGACUGCUUGGGGUGCUGGGCACCAGGCUGGGGGAUGCUGGCAGUCACCUGCUCCUCUGUGUC